UGAUUAUUGCAUAUAUUGGAUACAGUUCGAUAAGAAAGGAUGGUCAGAGUUAGCGUGCUGAAUGAUGCUCUCAAGAGCAUGUACAAUGCUGAAAAGAGGGGAAAGCGUCAGGUCAUGAUUAGACCUUCCUCAAAAGUCAUCAUCAAGUUCCUCAUUGUCAUGCAGAAGCAUGGUUACAUUGGAGAAUUUGAGUACGUUGAUGAUCAUAGGUCAGGAAAGAUUGUUGUUGAACUGAACGGAAGGCUAAACAAGUGCGGUGUUAUUAGUCCUCGCUUCGAUGUUGGAGUUAAGGAGAUUGAAGGAUGGACUGCUAGAUUGCUCCCUUCCCGACAGUUGUAUUGUGGAUUUGAAGCUCCAUAUGUAGUUUAUUGCCAAGCAAUUGAGAUUAUAGAUUUGGUCUGCUCUCACAGAUGGAGCAGAAGUCUUAUUUGGGUACAUUGUGCUGACUACCUCUGCUGGGAUCAUGGACCAUGAGGAGGCUCGGAGAAAGAAUGUUGGUGGAAAAGUUCUUGGUUUCUUUUAUUGAGUUUGUUACGUUGACAAGGAUGUAAACUUCAGUUCUGCUGUCGGCUUUUUACAGCGAAAUAGCUGCUCUUUAUAAGUAGGGAUUUUAUUGAACAUUUGGAGACAAUUAUGAGAUUUGCUGUCAAACAAUGUUGGUGCCUGUUGCAUUUGUUGUAAGCUUUAUGCUAAUGGCAUUCAAGUUUGCAGGCA